CCGGCCAAUGAUCCGUCGUUCACCCUCAACCAAUAACCACGUGAAAUUUUAGGGGCAGACUGCCAGAAGCCAAUCCAACCUCGCAGCCCAAGCACGUGAUCAAUGUUUUUCUGUUUUUACUUCACGGGAAGCAUUCUUACCGCAAUGACCUAGCUAGCUAGCCCACAAACGUUUGACAGAAGCUGUGAGUUUGAAUCGACUUUACCAUAUUUUGGUAAAUGGAUGCAAUUAAACACAUAUACAUUUUCUGAUGUUUGGUUUAGUUGAAAUGACACAAUGAUGUUCGUGGUUACAAGAACACCACAGCCUGUACUGCCCACAAAAGAUCAUGAGACAUGACCGUUAGAUGGGUUCUGGAUACCUGUGUGUUUUCUCUAAACAGGGCUGUCCACUUGGGGCAUACACAAGGCCAGAGGCCCCUGACCAUUGUAAUUUCCGCUGCUCUAAACCCAUUUCACAAGCCUCAUGCAAAAUGCCACUUUGGCCACAGAGCUAGCCGUCUAAGCUGGAUGCACACUCCGAUCCUGAAAAGCCGAGUAUGCAAGGGAUGGUUGUGCAAAGCUAGCUCUCUCAGACAGAGACUUGGUCUGUACCCCUGCAUCGCCCACUUCAGCACGUCCAGAUUCAGCGGAUCCGCCGAUCUGAGUCACCGCAUGUCACGCCUAAGGACCACUUUGGAGUCAGUCUCAAAAGCAGUGAGCGGGACACAGUCGGACCUCCUUGCCAAGAUAGCACGGCGCAAACCCGCCCAAGAGGGUAAGGAUGUCCGGUCCAGUCAAGAGGCACCGGUGGAAGAGAAGGGGAGCGUAGCAUCCACCGCUGCCGCCUCUGUCCCCCCAGCCUCCGCCGCGCUGCCCCCUCAACCGGCUGUCACAGUUGCUGCUGCAGUUGACCAUGAAGUGGAGGAAAAGAGGCCAAAGCCUCCAGGAGAUUCAACCGCUCAAGCUAAAACAAAUCAAAGGCCUCCUCCUCGCAAUGCAGACAUCAGCUCCAAGAGCAAGGUUGCCCCUAAACCAGCCACUCCACUUUUUCAUCCUGGAACUUUUGCAGUCAAUUUGGAUGAUACCUACAACUAUGUAGCCCAUCAUAUCAACGCAUACUUUGGUAGCGCCACGAAGGGAGCAACAGACACUGAAGAAAAGCAGCUUCAACUUGGAGAUGGCAUUAGCCAACCUACUACUGAGGAGCCAGACCAAAACAAGGACCACACAGCAUCACCUCUAUCUCCCAGCCAAACCAGUCUCGCCUCUCCAAGCACCCCUGAGAAGGCCAUCCCGUGCUUGCUCCGCCUCCGUCAGGCCACAGACCCCGCCCUGCAGGCCUCCGUCAGGCAGGCCCUGGCAUUGGUCGGCUACAUUGACCCGGUUAAGGGGCAGGGCAUACGCGUGCUGUCCAUCGAUGGCGGGGGCACAAGGGGGCUCAUUGCCCUGCAGACGUUACUCAGACUGGAAGCCCUCACAGGGAAACCCAUUUACCAGCUGUUUGAUUACAUCUGUGGUGUCAGCACAGGUGCUAUCCUGGGCUUUUUGCUGGCUGUGGUUCAGAUGCCACUGAGCGAAUGUGAGGAACUCUACAGGAAGCUGGGUUCUGAUGUCUUCAAACAAAAUGUCAUAGUGGGAACGGGGAAGAUGGUCUGGAGUCAUGCGUUCUAUGACAGUGAGAUCUGGGAGAACAUCCUCAAAGAAAAACUGGGUUUGGAUCUCAUGGUGGAAACGGCAAGGAACCCUGACUGCCCAAAGUUGUCAGCAGUGAGCACUGUGGUUAAUCGCGGGACCCCCCUGAAGGCGUAUGUGUUCCGGAACUACAGCAUGCCCCCAGGCGUCCGCUCCCACUACCGAGGGGGCUGCCAGUACAAGCUGUGGCAAGCUAUCCGCGCCUCGUCCGCCGCGCCGGGCUACUUCCAGGAGUUUGGCCUGGGUGGAGAUCUACAUCAGGAUGGAGGGCUGCUGAUCAACAACCCCACCGCCCUGGCCAUCCAUGAGUGCAGAUGCCUCUGGCCCAAGACCCCGCUGCAGUGCGUCGUCUCCCUGGGCACCGGGCGCUUCGAGACGGUGGGCAAGAACAACGCCACCCACACCAGCCUCAAGACCAAGCUCACCAACAUCAUCAGCAGCGCCACCGACACUGAAGAGGUGCACACCAUGCUGGACGAGCUGCUUCCGGCCAACACCUACUUCCGCUUCAACCCGCACAUGCCUGAGGAGAUCAGCCUGGACGAGAGCCGGCAGGAGAAGCUGAGCCUGCUGCAAGCCGAGGGCCUGCGCUACCUGGAGCGCAACGAGGAGAAGCUCCGCAAGGCCGCCCGCUUCCUCACGCGGGACAAGAGUCCCGCGCAGCGCCUCGCCGACUGGGCCAAGCUCAAGGUGGACAUGUACGACCACGUGCCCUUCUCUAGACUCUAGAACCUUCUCUGGAUUGUUUUACCCCACCUCAACCACCACCUCCAGCCAUAAUAGCCCCUCACUGAGCAUGAUAACACACACACUACACAGUCCCCAUAGUCUAAGCUGAAAUCUAGCAUUAACAGGAUGUAACGCAUGCCAUCUUUAUGUUGGCUACACUGCACUGAGCUAAAGAUGGGUCUCCCGGACCCACUACAAAGACUCUUAGCGGUGCAGUGCAAAGCUAUCUUUACCUUAGCAGGUAGUGUAUUUAUGUGUUCAUUAUUUCAACUCGAGCGAGUUGCUAGCUAAUUGAACCUGAGCAGCUGUGGCGUCCUCAUUACAGUGUCCGAGUACUACGAUCCCACUUGGGGGAGGGGGGGGCAGGGGAGAGGGGGAGAGGGUUUGCUGCAGAUAUGGAUGGACUUGAAUUUCAAAGGCAGCUGCAGAAGAGGAUGCUGCAGCAGCUUUACUGGCUGCACAUGUUCCACUGAGGUGCUCCUUGAACUGCACAUAGAUGUGGCGUUAACAACUGAACUGUAUCGAGGUACUGUCAAGAGAAGUGCCAAGUAAGCACUUAUUUUUUUAAAGCAUUCUUAUUUGAAGUACACAACCACAACCACGAUCACCUCGGCCCAUAUUUAUUCAUUGUUUGAUUUUAGAGUGGGAGAAUAGGACUAGCUGCAGAUGGUUGUUUUAGAUGAUGAUGCGUCAAAUAUUUACUUGAACACUGUCAGUUUUAUCGACACGAUUUAAAGUUAAAGGAAGGUCGUCAGGAGGACAUGAUUUUACUUGAUUGCGUCUGAGGAUGCAUGUAAUGUGUGGACUUGACUUGUCUCCUAAAUCCUUGGGCUCAACCAAAGAUGAUGGAAUGCUGUGCUUACAGUUCACUCAUUUCAACGUGAUUAAUUCCACUUUAUGUUUGCUAAAUAAAUUAAUGAUCUGAUACGAUACACUGUCAAAGUGGAAGAGAUUUAACCGCUCAAACAAUUUUCACAUGCAAUAUGUGCAUGCGUUUCUUUUAGCAGAAGAAAUAGAAGUGUAGGUGGCAUGCCGUGAUAAGAGCUCUGAGUUGACCCAUUGCUAUAUUUGCUUUAUGUGGUUUUAGAUUUGCGCAGUUCAGAUAAGAUUGAACAAGGAUCGGCUAUAACAGGGAUUGCUGUGUCCACCCACAGUAUUGGAGAUUUCUAUAGAGAGAAGGCAUGAUGCACUGACUCCAUUAUUAGUGUCCGUCGUGUUCAUUGACUGCAUUAAUCAUAGAAAUAAUAGUUUCAAAACCAAGUUGUGAUCAUUUGCAGAUAUUUAUUGUUAGUGCUUCUAGUAGUCUAGAUUUCUGAAUAGCAAAAGUUAGUGCUUUCCUGACUAUACAGUUUUGGUUUUGGGUGCAAUACAUUUGAAUAGAGAAUUCACUGUAGAUAACUCUUAGGGAACAUUAAGCAAGCACUUUUAUCCAGUGACCUCUUGUGCCCAGAUUCUCAACCUCACCCAGUCGUGAAGUGCGUCUUUGUGUGUCCACAAGCCUCUGAGCUUUGACUGGGGUAUACGCUGCUACCUAUUGGUUUUUGGUUUUAAGAACUGUCAGGGACUGUAGCUACUCAGACUUUCAUGGAGAAAGAAAAAAGGGAAAUGCUGCACAG